UAGCACCGACCGAAAAUUCAUUUAACUUAACAGUAUUAAUAACAUGAGAUGUAUUUACGCGCAGUUACGCUUGUUCCUAGUUUGACGAUUAAACUGUGUGGAAAAGAUCGGGACAGCUCUUCAUGGGGUCACCAAAGAAAUUGGAUGUGAUUCGACGCUUUGUAUGGAUACUUGGUCUGACUGUUUGCCAAGUACAUAUGUCAUCCAUCCUAAAAUUAAAACACGCCCAAUAGUUGUGUUCUUAUGACUUCGCUGCUUGUCUGUGGGGACACCCUUCUCCCCUCCCUCUGUCUCUGUCACCGAGUCACUCCCUCCUCCUCCUUCUCGGUCCAACUUUCCUACAUCUCUUGAGUGUCGUAGUCUCGCCCAGGUUCACACUGACAUACUACAAUAUCUCUCUCUGCUGAGGGUAAACGUGGUUUAUUGUCACAUAACUCAGUCCCUGUUGCUUGAGGGCAGGAUGGGAGGCUCUACCUCUAGUCAACUAGACGAUAGCAAAUGCAACUACAUUAGAGGAAAAGCAGAAGCAGUGCUGGGAAACUUCAGCCCACAUUACAAGCGUCAGUACACAGUAGUUUACUUCAAUCACAUCCAGACAGAAAUCGAGCAGAGCAGGGAUACCCAUUCUCAGCUUCUAAAACAUAAGAAUGCUGAAGAAUCUGGGAACGUUUUGUAUGAAACAGAGUUAUUACAUUUUGCUGAAGAACUUAAGAAAUGGAAAGAUAGAUAUAUAGUGAUUAAAAAUGACUAUGUAGUGGAUUGUCAUGACAGCAAAGAGACCUUUCAGAAGGGAGUGGCCCCUAAAAUGAGAAUACAGCCAACAGGAGGCAAGGCAGUGUCAUCUGAAGAGGAAUAUAAUACUUUGGUUGACAAGUCAUUUCCAGACCCCACAACUCCCAAUGAAAAGGAGAAUGUACAACCACUAGUUUCCUUGCCAACACAGUAUCCUGUUUAUUUCUGGCACCAUGCCAAAAAGCAUGCCUAUUUCUGCUUCCAGGAUGCUGAUACUCAGAAGUAUUUCAAUGCAGUGCUUAAUGACUGCAUACGGCAUUUGAAUUAUGAUUUCCUGAAACAGUCAUCAUUUGAAGCUCAAGCAUUCCUGGAGGCUGUCCAGUUCUACAGGCAAGAGAAAGGACAUUAUGGUUCCUGGGACAUGUUAGUGGGUGAUGAGCCACAGGUCUUGAGUAAUCUGGUGAUGGAAGAGCUGCUCCCAUCCCUUCAGACUGACCUACUUCCUAAACUAAAAGGAAAAAAGAACGACAGGAAGAAGGCCUGGUUUGCAACAGUAGAAGAGGCCUACAACCUUGUCCUUGAGCAAGUUACUCAGGGAUUCAGCUCCCUGCAGGAGGAAUGUAAAGGCAUGACUAAGGAGCUCGAAGGGACAAUCCGGUCAGAUAUGGAUCAGAUCAUUACUUCCAGGAAUUUUGUUGCUACCAAGCUCAAAGCUACUGUGUCAAGCCCAGCAGAGAAAUGCUUGCAAGAGAACAUCCAGCCAUAUCUUGCAUCUAUUCUGGAGGAACUAAUGGGCCCGGUCAGUACUGGUUUCAGUGAAAUUCGGACACUGUUUGAAAAUGAAGUUAAUGAGCUCAGCAAAACUUUCCAGUCCACAAACGAUGUUGACAAAUUGAAAGAGAAUGUAAGUCAGAUGGCAAACUUGCCACUCAGUUCUGUGAAGAUGCAGCCAGCUUACCUGAAGGUGGAAGCCCUUCGAGAACAGCUCCAGGGGUUACAAACAAGGUUCAAGUUCUCUAGUGCCAACAUUUUGGUUCAAAGUGUACAAAAUUACAUGCAGCAGUUUAUGGAGGACACUGUGUACACAUUUGAACAUUUACUGUCACAUCCAUUGAAAGGAGAUCAGGCCAGGAUUGCUACAGCCAUUGACAAAGUAAAGCAGCGUGUGCUCAAGCAAUAUGAUUAUGACAGCAGUACCAUUCGGAAGAAGUUGUUCCAAGAGGCCUUACUUCUGAUUACACUACCCACAAUGCAGAAGACACUUGCCUUAAGCUGUAAGCCUGAACUUCAGAAUUUUGAGCAGUACAUUUUUGCUGACUACACUCGUGUCAUUCAGGUUGAAAAUGUCUAUGAAGAUCUCUUACGGCAGAUGGUUUUAAGUGAAGUUGUGAAAGUGGUAAAAGAAGCUGCAAGCUUAAAGAAACACAAUUUGUAUGAAGACAGCGCUGAGUUCCCUUGUGCAAGCGAAAUCAGUCUGACUGAUUCAAAGAGUCCUCCUGGCUCAACACCAGCCAGUCCUGCCAGGGGACUGCCAUCUCCAAAGCAUUCCCCAGCCAAUAAGUUGCAAAGCAGUGAUGAUAAUGUUACAUCUCAGGAGAGCCUCUCUAACCAAGCUCCUUGUCGGACAACAACAACAGAACUGCCUCAAAAUCCAAACAUAGAACAGGGCACCCAUGUUAAAGCUGCAGUGCAAGAAACUCUUCUGUCUGACUUCAUUGACCAGGAUGAGUCUUUUCUAGUAGUCAGUAUGAAAAAACACAAACCUGAAAUUGAAAUGCUUUGUGAUGGAAAUGAUGACAAAAAGGAAACAGGAGAAGAGCAGAAAAGAGUACGAUCGACUGAGCCAGCAACCCCUGGUGGUGUAAAGGAAAUUCUUGAUCUGUUAACAGUGACUGUUGAAUUGCCUGUAGACCCAGAAAAACAGCUACAGGAUGGAAGUGGAAUAGAUCAAAGUUCACAAGACAUGCAGUAUCUCAUGUCAGAUCUCAUCAUAAAAGAAGACCAAAGUAGAACAGAUUCUGUUUCAAAAGAAGGGCAAGAAAUUCCAUUAGUUUUGUCAAUACACAAGGAAGAGGAACUUAGUCAUGGGUUUCCACCAUCUCUAGCUGCAGAAGAUGCUAAACACAUAAUGAAUGAAAGUACUGAAAAGGGGGAUAACUUUCUGUUAGUACAGCCAGUACAUGAGAAAGAAAUAGAUGUAACAGAUGAUGGCUCCAAAGAGGUGAAAGAGCAUCUGUCUGCUCUAAAAAUAAGUGAUGAACCAUGCAAAAUGGAUGCUGACUUCACAGUAGCACAGACGACACAGGUAUUCACUGCAGAAGACAGUCAGGUUGAAAAGGAGAGUAGCACAGAGACUUUCCAAGAACCAGAUCCCCAGGAACAGCUGCAUGAAGAGCAGAAAUUCUCUGCUGAAGACAGAUAUGUGGAGGUCACCAAACAGCUGAAUGAUCAGGUGUAUAUGGGUAGUACAGUGGCUGAAUGCCCCACUUCACUCUGUGGUCAAGAAGUAGUUACCACCGAAUUUAAAACUGAUCCUUCACUCAGUCAGGGUGAAACAAAUACAUACUACAAAGGUCCUGAAGAACCUUCACGUUCUGAAUCUCCAAAGACCAACAUGGAGAAAGAAGGCCCUUCCAUUAAGUGUAAUGGAGUGGACACAGAAACAAACAGCAAAGCAAAUGAUUCUCCUGAGAGCGAAUCAGAACAGAAGCUUUCCCUGAAUCUUGACAGUACAGUGUCAGCAGAAAAUGCAGAUCACAUGCCUCAGGAUGAAAGCUGUGUUUAGCAACAGAGUAUGUUCUAAAAGUUUUAUUUAGAUUCCUUAACAAACAAGUUUAGCUGAGCUAUUGGCAUGCAAGAUGUAGGAAUGUGUUUGUAAAUUCUGAUGAAAUUAUGCUGCUUGCAGAAAAUGAAGAUUAGAUUCAAGAAUGAAAAUGCCUGUCAAUAUACCACAGAUGUCACAAAGCUGCUUCAAAAAUAUUUAAAAACCAAAGACAUUCUGGCAUAGUAGUUAACAUAGAUUACAUUAGAUUGUAAAAUAUCAAAAUAUAAUAAUCGCAUUUACUGCAGGCUGAUUAUCUUUAGAAAUUUAGAAAAAAAUAUAACAAGUUUAUAUAGUUUAUGAUAUCAUUAACUAAUUGAACUAGAAUGAAAAAAUGUCUUUAAAAAUAUUAAAAGCCAUUUGCCCCUUUGACUACCUGUAGUUGCUGAACUUGAAAUGAAGGGAAUAUCUCAUACAAGUCUGUUUUGUAUUGCUUAAGUUUCAUGCCUUAUACAUGUAGCAAGUUUUUUUCUGUUUAAGUAAGAAGUUUCAAAUAACGUGGUUCUUCUUCUUCUCUGUGGCUUUCAAUAAAAACACAUGGUCAAGAUA